AACUACCUAUCUCUGCAUGUUUAAAGAACGCGGAUGCAAGACACGUGCUUUUGUUAUUAAUUUAUAUUUAUAAUUGUUAAAAUGCCUGCCAAAGUAAAGCACAAUAUUCUCAUAUACGAGGGUUGUAAUUACAUGAAAAAUAGACUUAUUCUGUCGACAUUGUCCGGUAAAUCGGUGAAAAUAGAAGACAUAAGAAGUCAACAUGAUGAUCCUGGUAUUAGAGAAUUCGAAUUGAAUUUAUUGACGUUUUUGAGAAAAAUUUCAAAUGGAAUGAGAGCAGAAGUGAACGAAACAGGAACAUCGUUGUAUUAUGUUCCGGGUAAUUUGGAAGGUGGUGAAUUUGAACAUGAUUGUAGUUUACAACGUUCUAUUUCGUAUUAUUUAGAAGUUGCAUUGGCAUUGGCACCAUUUUGUAAACAAUCGUUAAGUGUCAAAUUCAAAGGAAUCACAAAUAGUACACUGGAUCCAAGUAUUGAUAGAAUAAAAUCUUCGGGAAUUCCAAUUGUUAAACAAUUUCUUGGACCUGCCUAUGAAAUUGAAUUGAGAAUUAAAAAGCGAGGUGUCGCACCUUUAGGAGGUGGGGAAGUGCAUUUGAAAUGUCCAGUGAUUCGUAGUCUUAGAACUUUACAGUUACUAGAUAGCGGUUUAGUGAAACGAAUAAGAGGCGUUGCUUGUAGUUUAAGAGUUUCGCCAGCAAUUUCAAAUCGACUCGUCGAAUCUGCGAAGGGAGUUUGUUUAAAUUUUAUUCCCGACGUUUAUAUUCACACUGAUGCGAGUCGAGGUGCUGUCAGUGGAAAAUCACCAGGUUUUGGAAUUUGUUUAUCUGCCGAGACAACAACGGGAGUUGUUUAUUGUGGCGAAUCUGUUUCGCCGAUUGUUCCACCUGGAGGUUUGCCCUGUAUUCCCGAAGAUUUAGGGAAAGAAGCCGCCUUAAAAUUAUUAGAUGAAAUACACAGAAAUGGAUGUGUGGAUUCUCCUUUCCAAAUGAUAACUGCACUUUUUAUGGCACUAGGCAAACAAGAUGUUUCAAAAAUUACUACUGGACCCCUAACUCCAGUUAUGAUUCAAUUUUUACGCGAUUUAAAAGAUUUCUUCGGUGUUAAAUUCCAAUUGGAAUUUGUCAAAGAAGACGAGGACGAUACAGUGACAAUGGAGAAUCAAGUGACUUUAACUUGUAUUGGAAUUGGAUUUUCCAAUUAUAAUAAACCAGUUCGAUAAGAAGUUGGAGGUAAAAAUUUUAAUUCAAAAUCAAUUAUUUGUUUACUGUAAAUAUAAGAAACAAUUUUUCAUUUAA